UAGCUGCCAUGUCUCACUCCAGCAGGGUCCCUGCUGCAACAGCAGGGAAACUUUGCUCCGAAGUUCAUCUUCUUCUUCUCCUUCCUCAUGAUCGCAAUGGAAGCUUGCGGUUCCUGCUGAUUCUUCUGCUGCUGCUGCGGGGUUUCAUUUUUUUAAUAAGGAAAUAUGGAUUCGACCCUUGACUGACACAGUGUAGAAUUAAAUGCAUCCCUUGUUCUAGCAUCUCAGGUUUAUGACACUUGGGCUCUCAGGUUCCUGAAUCAUUGAUCUUCUUCAGAAUGGGAAAAGAUCCUGGGAAAUGGAUAAAGACCUUGUUUUCAGGGAAGAAAUCAUCAAAGUCUAAUCGAUCAAGCCAAAAAAAUAUCUUGAAACCUUCAAGUAACCAGGAUGUGUUGGCCUCUAUUGAUACAUCUGUGCCUUAUAUCCCUGAUUCUUCGCUGAUAUCCGCACCCACAUCUGGAGCUGAUGCUAGUAAAGAAGUGCUCUUGGAAAAUGUACUGGUUAGUAGAUCAUCAAAUGAGCGGAAUAUUCUUUCAGCUGGGAUUGAAGAGAACAAUGCAGAAGCUAUUAAUUCUGGUUCACUGGAUGAUGUCCAGAAAAACAGGCUUGUUGAAGCUGCUACAAAAAUCCAGGCUGGUUUUAGGGGCUAUCAGGCUCGUGAGGAAUUUCAGACACUAAAAGGUGUCAUACAACUGCAAGCUCUUAUUCGAGGCCAGUUGGUUAGGAGGCAAGCUGUUUCCACUUUAUACUGUGUGAAGGGAAUUGUAAAAGUUCAAGCGCUAGUUCGCGGUCACAAGGUUCGACAUUCUGAUAUUGGGGUCGCUGUCCUCAAAAUUUUCAAGGAUGCUAAAUGUUCAAAUUCUAACGGAGUAGUCACGACUACACAGGCAGAGAAGCUGCCAACCGGUCUUUUUCUUAACCAGCUUCUGGCCACGUCAUCCUCAACAGUUCCUUUACAUCUUAAUUUUGGUCCUGAAGCACCAAACUUCACCUGGAAGUGGCUUGAGCGCUGGACUAAGUCAAACUUUUGGGCGCCUCCUCCCAAAUCAGAGAAGAACCAUGGCAAGUCCAACGAGAAAAGUGCCAAUUGUCAAACGUUUGAACAUAACAAGGGGAAACCCAAGAGAAGUUUCAAGAAGGCUUCUGAUUUGAAAGUCGAUGAUGGCUCAACCUCAGGGCCAAACAAUCUUAAACAGCCUGCGAAAAAGGUUUCAAGCCACCUUAUGCAGUCAUCACGGGAGCAACCACAAACGGAAACAAAAAACCGUAUUAAGAAAACUUCGACGCAGAGUGUUUGUAGUACAUCUGAGGUUGCCCCUGAGAAAAGGAAACGCAUCCAUGGAAAACUUCCAGGUCAUUCUGUUACUGAUGUUUCAGAGCAUCGUGCUUGCGUUUCAGCAGAUAAAAUGAAAAGUUUGGGAGUGUCAAAGUCACAGCAGUCUGAUUUUGAAAAGAGCCUUGGGUUGCAAGAAAAAGAUGAGAAUGUCCACUCACACGCAAAUCCUACUGCUGAUUCGCAGACUAGCGUAAAGAAUGGUAAAGAAGUUAUUCAAGGAGAUAGCGAGGACUCUAAAAUUAAUGGGGACCCUCAGAACUCGCUGAGAAGAGCUUCACUGCCUGCCAGUUUCAAUGAUCAAGAUAAUAACAGUUCCCAUAACACUCCAAGAGUUCCUAGCUAUAUGGCCCCCACUGAAUCUGCAAAAGCUAAGCUAAGAGCACAAGGCUCUCCUGGGUUUGCUGGUGACUUGGUAGAUAAAAUUGGUGUAACCAGGCGUCAUUCACUUUCAACUUCAUUAAAUGGAAGGUUUACCUCAUUUUCCCCACGAACAGAACGACUGUUAAACACAAGCAGCAGAGGAGUGAUCAGGACUGACAGAUCUCUGUCAUUAUUAAGGGAUGGACCUGAGAAGUUCAUCCAACCCCAGUGGAGAAGGUGAUCUUACAUAUUUUGUUCAGUACAAGGAUACUUCAAAAGAGGAGGGCUUAAUUUUCCAUAUUAUGAGUCUCAGAUAUCGAAGUGUUUUGGUGGUAUGUAUGUCUGAUUGUCUAUGAUUCGUAGCACAUGGACUGACCUUCACUGCUUUGCCUGCAUGGGUCUGUGGCGUAUUUGUAUCAUCCAUAAAUGUUAAGUAGUUUUAAAAUUAGCAGCAAUAUAGAUUUAGUCCUCUAGCUAUAAAUAAGAUUUUGGUUUGGUUUCUUAAUUUUAUAAAGUAUAUUUCUAGUCCUCUAACCCUAAUGGUUUUAGUCUUUAGUCAUUAUUAUCUUGAAAAAUUAAAUUUGAUAUGUCAUUAUUUGAUAAUAUUUUGUCAAAA